UGACGCAGAUGCGCGUAAACGAUUGAACGUGUAGCAUCUCGAGACGCUUGGUGCCUCUCCUCACAGCUUACUGCUAGAAAGAUCUGCGUAGAAACUACCGGUGUCUUAAAACGUUUGAGUGAAACGUCAUUCUCCGGAGACUCGUCCAGCUUUCAUCCAGCCGGAUAUGAGACAAUUCCCGACCAGGGAAACAAUUAAUAGCAUAUUCCAUUAAGUUACUUAACACACGACCUCCUAAAAUUAUCGUAUCCUUCAUAAUGCCGUUCACGGCGGACGCGGCGGCGACUCAGAUACAGGAGCGCCUAAAGAACAUUUACAAUCUCGUGCACGAGAUUGAGAAUCAACGAGUCCGGUCCGAGCAUAACCUAAACAAUAUCAUGAAGACUCAUGAGAAGGUCACACCGGACGACAAAGUUUCUCCUUACUAUCAACAAAAAGAAGAGAUCUUGCGCAAAGCUCUUAGUAAGAUUAACGAGAUACGCACGAUACGAAAUGAACGACGCAUACAAGCACGCCAAGCCGGCAAUAAGGAGACUAUCAGACGCGGAGCACUGAUGAAGAUGCUGCUGAGCACCGCGCAGACCCUACCCCUCUAUGUGGGAAAGACACCGGGCGGUAAACCACCACCACUGUGCGGCGCGAUACCCGCCGAGCCUACUUACAUUGCGAAGAUGGGCGACAUGGUAGCCGCAUUAGUGAAAGGCAACGAAGAAGGAGAGAACUGGAUACUCGCGGAGGUCGUACAAUUUAUUGUCGCGACAAAUAAAUACGAGGUGGACGAUAUUGACGAGGAGCAAAAGGACCGCCACACGUUGUCACGGAGACGAGUGGUACCAUUGCCACUGAUGAGGGCCAAUCCUGAGACCGAUCCGCACGCCUUGUUCUCGAAAGGAUCCACAGUAAUGGCGCUCUACCCGCAAACUACUUGUUUUUACAAGGCGAUCGUGCAACGUCAACCAAGUACUGCCACGGAAGAGUACCUGAUCCUGUUCGAGGAUGCUGCUUACGAGACUGGUUAUUCACCUCCAUUGAGUAUAGCGCAGCGUUAUGUAAUUUCCAUCAAAGAGAGCAAAAAAAAUAAGAGUCAAUGUUAGUAAGCAAUAUUCAUCAUUUUUCUAAAUUUCUUUUAAAUUGUUUAUUAAAUGAAUUUCGUUAAAUUUUCUGAUCAAUUUGUUAAGUCUUCUAAUCAGUAGAAAAUUUUGAGGUAACCAUCUAUUUUUUAUAAUCAAUAGAAAAAAAAAGCACAAGCAACCAGCAGACAACGUACAACUGCGAUGACUAAGCCUCUUUAUGAUACAUAUAUUAAUAUGCAUGUAUAUAAUAUCUGUGACAUCGACUAAUCUCAAAUUUCAUUAUAUCAUAUUUGUGAACUCGAAUAAUCACAUAAAUUCUACUACGUCAUAUUUGUGAACUCGACUAAUCUCAUAAAUUCCAUUACAGCCUCCAAGAAGAAACAAUGUAUAUGAAAGAAAUUAUUCUAGAAAAGGUGCACUUGGUUCAUCUUUAGUUUCAACGUUAGUUUAUGUUAUUUUUUAUAUUUCACUUGUGAUAUUGUCAUAAGGUACAAUAAAUGACAAAUUUUUGUA